CUUCAAGUCCGUACUCAAGGCAGCUCUAUGGUCGUCCAUCUGGAUUGAGGAAUCGUACAGUGAUGCUCGUAUCAGACGGACACCGCUCAGCACGGAACCAUCAGGUGCAUGAUCCUGACGGUCCGUUGCCGAGGGACCACGACGCGUCCUCGGCGCUUAUUCAGGCUGUAACGCACAAGGCAUAGCCCCCACAUACCUCCUUGCUCCCAACCACCAUGCCUCCUCUCGCAGCAGCCCGCGCCGCGAAUGCUGCCUUCAAGUUCACCUCGCCGAACCCCGUGCGUGCCGUAUUCGUCGGCGGUACAGCCGGCAUCGGUCAUGGCAUGGCCCUCGCCCUUGCACGCGCAACGAAAGGGAACGCGCAGAUCGUCAUCGUCGGGCGCAACCAGACCGCCGCGAAGGAGCUCAUCGCGUCUUUUCCCUCCCCUGCCAAUACACUGUCGACCUUCGUCUCCUGCGACGUGACGCUCAUGCGCAACGUGCACGCUGCCGCUGAGUCAAUCAAGUCCCAGCUCUCAACAAUCAACUACCUCGUCAUCUCCGCCGGCUUCUUCACGCUUAGCGGGCGCAACGAGACAGAGGAGGGGAUCGACCGCAAGCUCGCGGCACACUACUACGCGCGCUGGGCGUUUAUCAACGACUUGCUGCCUCAGCUGAAGGCCGCGGCGGAGAAGGGGGAGGAGGCGAAGGUCAUGAGCGUCUUCUCGGCAGGUCAUGGAGGCCCGAUCAAUGUCAACGAUCUCGGCCUCAAGCGCACCUACUCCCUCAAGAACGCCGCUUACCAAGGCAUCACUUACAACGAUCUGGCGCUAGAGGAAUUCGCCGCUCGCAACCCCAACAUCUCCUUCGUCCACACCUACCCUGGCACCGUCCGUACCAGCAUCGUCAAAAACUCUGAUUCAUAUCUCAUCAAAGCGCUCACCUACCUCUUCUACCCCAUCGCCUACCUCCGCACCGUAUCCGAGGAGGAAUGCGCGGACUGGAUGACCUACGCGCUGCUGCACGCGAAACCCGGUUUCUCGCGCUUCAACAACCAUGGAGAUGAUAUUGGGCGCCUCAACUACGACGGGACCGAGGAACAGAGGAAGAGAUUGUGGGAGCAUACCAUUGAGGAGACGAAGUCGCAACCUACCUGCUAGAUGUAAUGGGGAUUGGAACGCAGCGGUUGGUUAUCGCGUUGUAUGCUUGCCCAACGGACUGAGAUGAGGGCAGCAGGAGCGGAUUUGACUGGAUUGGCCUGAGUGGCUUGCCUGUACUAUCUACGUAUUGUUUUCGCCAAAAUGAUCCUCUUUUCCACUUCA